GGAGCUUUAUAGCAAUAACAUUACGGGCCAAUCCCAGAGCAGCUGGUAAUUUGACGGAAUUGGUGAGCUUGGAUCUUUACUUGAACAAUCUCAGCGGUCCCAUCCCAUCAUCUCUCGGCAGACUAAAGAAACUACGUUUCUUGCGUCUUAAUAACAAUAGCUUAUCUGGAGAGAUUCCUAGGUCUUUGACUGCUGUCUCGUCUCUCCAAGUUCUGGAUCUCUCAAACAAUCCUCUCACUGGAGAUAUUCCUGUUAAUGGUUCCUUUUCACUUUUCACACCUAUCAGUUUUGCCAACACCAAAUUGACUCCCCUUCCUGCAUCUCCGCCGCCUCCCCUCUCUCCUACACCGCCGUCACCUGGAGGGAGUAAUAGAAUUACUGGAGCAAUUGCUGGAGGAGUUGCCGCAGGUGCUGCACUUCUAUUCGCUGUUCCUGCCAUUGCACUUGCUUUGUGGCGAAGGAAAAAACCACAGGAACACUUCUUUGAUGUACCAGCGGAAGAGGACCCAGAGGUUCAUUUAGGACAGCUCAAGAGGUUUUCAUUACGUGAACUACAAGUUGCUUCGGAUAACUUUAGCAACAAGAACAUAUUGGGUAGAGGUGGUUUCGGUAAAGUUUAUAAAGGACGGUUAGCUGAUGGUACUUUAGUGGCGGUUAAAAGACUGAAAGAGGAACGCACCCAAGGUGGUGAACUGCAGUUCCAGACCGAAGUUGAGAUGAUCAGUAUGGCGGUUCAUAGAAACCUGCUUCGGCUUCGUGGCUUUUGCAUGACUCCCACAGAGAGAUUGCUUGUGUAUCCCUACAUGGCUAAUGGAAGUGUUGCCUCCUGUUUAAGAGAACGUCCGGAGUCACAGCCACCACUUGAUUGGCCAAAGAGACAGGGUAUUGCGUUGGGAUCAGCAAGGGGGCUUGCGUAUUUACAUGACCAUUGCGACCCAAAGAUCAUUCAUCGAGAUGUGAAAGCUGCAAAUAUAUUACUGGACGAAGACUUUGAAGCCGUGGUUGGAGAUUUUGGGCUGGCAAAGCUCAUGGACUACAAAGACACACAUGUGACAACUGCAGUGCGUGGUACGAUCGGUCAUAUAGCCCCUGAGUACCUCUCUACGGGAAAAUCGUCUGAGAAAACCGAUGUGUUUGGUUAUGGAGUCAUGCUUCUUGAGCUUAUUACUGGACAAAGGGCUUUUGAUCUUGCUCGCCUUGCCAAUGACGAUGAUGUCAUGUUACUAGACUGGGUGAAAGGGUUGUUGAAAGAGAAGAAACUGGAAGCGCUAGUAGAUGUUGAUCUUCAGGGUAACUACAUAGACGAGGAAGUGGAGAAGCUAAUCCAAGUGGCUCUGCUCUGCACACAGAGUUCACCGAUGGAAAGACCCAAAAUGUCUGAAGUCGUGAGAAUGCUUGAAGGAGAUGGUUUAGCUGAGAGAUGGGAAGAGUGGCAAAAGGAGGAAAUGUUCAGACAAGAUUUCAACUACCAAAACUAUAACCAACCGAACACUGGUUGGCUUAUAGGUGAUUCUACUUCCCACAUUGAAAAUGAAUACCCCUCUGGUCCAAGAUAAUAAGAUUCGUUACACUGAAUGCUUUCUCUUGUCUUUAUUUUUUUUUACUUCUUUUGUAUUUAUUGAGGGUUUUAGUUUCUGCUGCUCCAUGUUGUGGUUUCUUAAGUUGGUACAGGCAGGAGGAUUCAGAUUGGGUUUGUAAUCUUUAUAUGAAAGAGAUUUGAAUGUUGUUGAA